AUGAUUGCAGAAGAAGAAUCAUUGUCAGAACAAGAUUUUGCACAUGAAUCGAUUACACCCUGUUUAUUCAGUGAGGAUGAGAAUGACUCAGUGAUCAAUGGAGAACAUGUACGGGAUUUUGUGGAAUUUUCCCCUGCAGAGAGGCAGAGGCGCAAGGUCUAUGCAAAAGUUUUGAGGAGUUACGAGGAAUUACAGCAUAAGAGUGAGAGAUUGGAGGAGGCCAAAAGUAAAAUCUUGAGCUAUACACCUGGUUCAUGGAUUGAAAAGAUUAAUUUGGAUGAAGCAACUGGAUCGAAUCCUGACAAAAGAAGGGAAACUGGGGGCACUGACUUUAAUGCUCAUUCAUCGAAGAUUCAUUUGAAUGAAGCAACUGGAUCAAUUCCUAACAAAAGAAAGGUAACUAUUGCCAACAAAAGAAAGAAAACUAAGGGAGCUGAUUUUCGUUCUCAUUCAUCUAAGAUGCAUUUGGAUGAUUAUCGGAUUAAUACUCGGUGGCAGGAAAACUUGCAAGUAUUGUAG